AUGCCCCAAAUAUCUUUCAAUCAAUUCAAAACCGCCCUCGAAGCCGCGGACGACACAAAUGCUGCCAGAGAUACUGAGCAUUUUCAAAGACUGCUAAAGGCUCUCGACGUUGCACCGGCUGAAGAGCUUGUAAUUCAGUCUGAUGACCCUGUUUAUAGCAUUACCUUCAGCACGGCCUGGCUCAACCUUGUCGGGAAGGCUGCAGCUAAGCCAGAGCGCAAUCUAGUCAUAUUUCAUUAUGCCGGUCACGGAACAACAAGAGCGGGAAGCUUCGUUUUCGCAGAGACUAGUGCCGGCACUAGAGUUAUUAAUGCGGACCGCUCGCUCAUUCAGCCUGUUACAGGAUCUGAUUAUCUCUCAGAUUCAAACAAUACUGACGUGUUAAUUAUCCUCGAUUGUUGUUGCGCCCAUAUUGCUACUCGCGCGCCAGCUAUUCAACGCAGGACUGUUGAGAUCCUUGCCGCCACUGGUUGCGAUACACCCAAUGCGAGGUGCGGGCCAGAGAAUACAUUUAGUGCUAAGCUUGCCAAUGAGAUUGCUACAAGAAGAAGGCAAGGCCACAAGCGAGUAGACUUUGCAGAUGUAUUCCAGAGUCUUAAAGGCCAACGUGUGAAUAAAGUCUGGCCUACUUAUGCAAUGAUGGUUGGCAUGUUUUCGGUGGGUCUUGCACUUAACGGGAAUCCUACCGUUGAUAUAGCUCCUAUGCCAGCAGACUACCGAGCUAUACUGAGUGUGAAUAUCUCCAAAGACAUCACACCUGACGAGCUGGUGGACCUUAGCAGAUGGAUCCGCCAGCUGCCACCGUUUCCGAGCGUCUUCAUUGAGACUCUUUUAAUUCAACCAACAUAUCACUCUCAUUAUGCUGGCAUGAGAUGGGUCUGCACUGUCUUUAUUGUCAAGCAAAUGCUGAUUGAUAUCAACCUUGCAAACAUAGUAUCCCAACGACAAAUUAUCGCAUGCAGUAUCAAGCUCCGUAUUCCACUUGCGCAGAUGCGCAAGCACACUUUACUAGAGCACGUUAUUGGUAACGACACAGCCAACAGUCAAGAGCAGAGUUCACAUGAUCAGGAUAUACAAUCAAAACCUUCUAACGUAGCUAGAUCCGCGCAAGAGAGCAGUCAGGGACCAUUUGGCGCCAUUUUGGGAAGUGAAUGUAACGUUGCCCGCCGCGCCAAGCCUUGGCCGAUGAAGGAGAGGCUUGGACUUUUCCUCGCUCCGCUCCGGUCUUGGUCUCGGCGGCAGGGGUCGGGAGAUUACCUGCCUCGGACCCCUAUUCCACUCCCUCGGCCCACACACGUUUCUUACAAAUAUUCUCUCUUUGCCUGUCUGACUGCCACUAAUAAGGAGAACUUCCCAGCAUCUGGAAGGUCUGACUGCGCAAGGGAAAGCACAACACCCCUCUUUUUGGCUGCUCUAUUCCAGUCCUUCAACUUCCGCUUUUGUCUUGGCUCGUCAGACCCUUCAGUCAUGCAUUUCCUCCGACCCAAAUGGUUCAUCGUACUCGGGUUCUUUGUCACUACCUCGCCUGCGGUUGAGGUUGACUUGGUCUUCCCUCGCAGCGACGCAUCAUACUCACCCGCCGAGUGGUUCCCAUUCGUCUUUGCUGUGCAGAACACGGAAAGGGCAGAGCUUCUCAAUCUCCAGGUGACCUGCAACAUCCGCAAACGCAAUGCCACCCUAAAAGAUAUUGAUAACCAAUUAUACCUCAAUCAUGACUUCAGUUGGACGAACUGGUCGGGCAGCGCAGACCCUUACCUCGCCUACAACUACAUCCACAACGACUUUAACACAUCCAAUCAUUGGGUGCUUCUGUGCGUGCUGAGCUGGCAAAGCUGCGAUGUGGAGGCGCUGACCCACGGUCCUUAUGCAUAUGGUGGAGUCUCCGACCACAACUAUCGGUGGACGAUGGGCUUCCAUAUCGACAAUUCCAGCCUCAAAGAAGUGGAUCUUGUAGGAGCAACCGCCAAUGACACCUGCCCUGGGAGCCAAAAUGCCAUCUCCAUCAAUGUGACAGACAGAGUUAUGAACUCACCCUCGUAUGGCAAUACCGCACACCGCGAAACGUGUGUUGUUACAACAAAUACAACUGCCAGUCCUACGACAUCUACCCCGGAUCCCUGUCGCAUUGCAAUAGACGAGGAUACUGCUGAGAGCAUGGCAUCCGUUCAGCAGCAGCGCUUCUGCUAUCUUCCGGUUCCUCCUGAUAACUGUCCUAAAGAGGAGAAUGGUGCUACGCCAUUGGCUGUACUUGGCGUAACUAGAAUGUUAACGGCAAUUGGAGCUCUGGGCUUUGCCGUCUUGUAG